AUGCCUAUUCGUAACCCUUUUGCUCGUCGCCCGGGAGUGAUUGUCGUCAAUGAUGAGAACCUCUCGCCCGUAUCCCCGGGCUUUGAACGAGUCGACACUGUCGGAUCCAAGGCCUCUUCCGCCCUUAGCAUCCGAAGUGUCAGGUCCCAGGACAAUGGCGAGUAUAAGAUGAGUGUUGUCAAUGAUAGCGGUGUCUAUCUUCCGCCAUCGCCCACUCAGGAACAAGGCCAGUGGCCUCGCAAGUUCCUCUCUCGAAAUUCGACCGAUACUAGGAGCAGCUUCGGUGAUAUCGAGCACUUCUCAAUUUCGCGUGAAUCAUUUGAUUCCUACAGGCGCUCCUUUGACAUCUCUGCCCGCUCGCCCAUCAAUCCCAAUGAGGUCCCGUCGCGAGGAAACAGUCUUGACUGCACCCGAUAUCCCCGUCUUCCUCGAUCGCUGGCGGACCGUCCCCUCCCCACUGCCGAGGAGGCUUUCGAGGAUGUCGGCCUCGAAGAUCAGAAACUCCAGCAGCAGCAACAGCACGCCCAGCAAUCACGCAAGCGCGGUUUCUUCUCUAAAUUCUCCGAGGGCCAAGACAAGGAUCUCACCAGCCAAAACUCCAUGUCACGAUUCCUGCCAAGUCGCAAGCGGGCCCAAAGCGGGCAAGGCGCUGAGCUGGGCAGCAUCGACCAGGCCAAGCCCAUGGUGACCGUCUCCGACCGCUCCCACUGA